ACUGUCACCUGUCACUAUUGUCACUGUCACUGUCAUACUUUUUGGAAUUAAUUUUGUUUAUUUGUAUUCAACUCAGCUGUAAAGCGUAUAAUUGUUUAACUUUUAUUUAUUUCUAAUGGUUGCGGUCGUUAUUAACAGGUAAUAGAGUCACUAUAUUGCCUUACGCAAAUUCAUGAAUAAAUGUUGCUCUAUUUAGGUCGGCGUCAAAAACUGUUACUUAUUGCCAGUGAAAUUAGUGAUAAAUGUGUCUUAUUGAUGUUUUUCUAUAAUUAAACGAUAGUUUCUUAUAUUUUAUUAUGAUUUCUUCAGUCUUUCAGGUGUAAUAUAGUGAAUUUACCGGAAGGAAAUGUCCGACAUUACAGACGAAUUGGGGACCACAAUUUCGCCAGAAAUUUCAAAUGCAAAAAACGAAGUUGGACGACCGCCCAAAAGAGUGGGAAGACCCCCAAAACGUCUUACAUAUAGCUUCACAAAAGUUGAUCAAACACAAGAAAAAGAAUUACUAUCGCUUGAAAAACAAAUGCUGAUGUCCUUUCGAAUAGCCGAUCUCCAAGCCCUGCUCAAUUUCGCCGGUAUAGAAUCGUCGGGAAGAAAGUUACUGCUCCUACGAAAAGCUUUCGAUCUCCUCAACGAUCCCUCUAACGAUAUAAUCGAGAAAGUCAAGGAACUCUACGCCGCUCUUCAAAAUAAGAUGAAAAACGCUUGUAAUCGCUUACAAGGCCCUUACGAGACUAAAGAAGCCGAUAGCACGCUGCAACCCGAAGACCUAGCGCCCAGAAAAAUGGUUACGAGACGAGACGCGAUGUACUCUCAAAACACGUACACACCGUACGCAGCCCCCUACACUCAAUACUCCACGUCCAAGCAGAAGCAAUUGGGAAAUUACAUCAUCCGGCCGGACGUGAAAUUCCGCCGGUUGCCAUUUUACGAUGUCCUAGCCGAUUUGUUGAAACCUUCUUCCUUAGUUCCUACGAAUACCCAAAGAACGCAAGAGGACACCUUUUACUUCCAUCUGACGCCCCAACAAGCCGUCGACAUAGCCAGAUCGAGGGACGUGCGACUGGGCGUGAAAUGCGAAUACGCCAAGCAAGUGCAAAUGAGGUUUUGUUUGCUGGAAACCACCUGCGAGCAAGAAGACUGUUUUCCCCCCGAACUCGUCGUUAAAGUCAACAACAAAAUGUGCCCUUUACCAAACCCGAUACCGACCAAAGCCGGCGUGGAGCCCAAGAGACCGCCCAGGCCCGUCAACAUCACGCAACUGGUGAAAUUGAGUCCCACCGUCACGAACAACAUCACCGUUUCAUGGACUUCGGAUUACAGCAGAGCCGGUUACACGCGAGGCUACGCUAUAUCGAUAUCGUUGGUGAACAAACUCAGCUCGAUGGAUUUGCUGCAGCGAUUGAAGAACAAAGGCAUCAAAAACCCCGAUUACACUCGAGCUAUAAUUAAAGAGAAACUAAACGACGACGGCGACGGUGAAAUAGCCACUACAUCUCUGAAAGUGUCCCUGAUAUGCCCGUUGGGCAAACUGCGAAUGUCGACGCCGUGUCGCUCGUUGACGUGCACGCAUCUGCAGUGCUUCGACGCCUCGUUGUUUCUGCAGAUGAACGAGCGGAAAUCGACGUGGAAUUGUCCGGUGUGCGACAAGCCGGCGCUCUUCGACAACCUGGUGAUCGACGGAUAUUUUACGGAGGUGCUGAGCGCCAUGAUGCAUUUGCCGCACUGCAACGAGAUACAGGUGAUGAAGGACGGGACGUGGUGCGUCCAGCAGCCGGGGAAGGACCUGGCGGUCGAGAUGGAGAAGGCGCCUUCGAUAGCCGUCGAUGAUUGUUCGGUCGAGAUCGUUGUUGAUGAUGACGAAAUUGUAAGUUCUAAUGGGGAUAAAUCGCCGAAUGGUAAGAGUGCAAAGCGGUGUAUCGUGGAUUUGACUGGGGAUUCUGAUGACGAUGAUUGCCCACCGGCUACUAAAUCUAGAGCAGCUACACCUGAUUCUACGAGUAUACCAUCGAGCGAUUCGACUGGCACAACAAAGACCUCGGUGUCAGUUUUGAGCUACCCGCUGAGCAGUACUUCGGUGAUCAAUUUGGAUAGUCCGUCGCCGCCCAGAUCUCCUGGGGACGUUCCGGCUGAGUCGCAGCCGGAGGAAUCGCAAACGUUGUUGUCCAAUAUGCCGGUCAGUAAUGGCAGUAAUGGUAGUGAAGAGCCUUGGGUGGUGAAUGCGAAUUCGUUGCAUUGUUGGGACGUGGAGAAUUCGAAUGAUGCAACAGCGGAUUUGUGAAUCGUUUCGAUUGUGUUAUUAGAGUUAGUUUAAUUGUAAUUUUGAUAAAUGAUUAUGUGUGAAUAGGGUAUCUCCGAGUUCAUGUAAACAAAAAGAAAUAUAUUGGGAGGUUAUCUGGAUGAGUUGUGUGUGUAUGUAAUUAAGUAAUUUUAUUUAUAAAACUAUAUUUAAGUAGAUAAUUAUCGCUUAAAAAUAAUGUAAUUUUCAUUAUGUGGUCAUUAAAUUAUUAGAUG